AUGGUAUUCAAUGCUAACGCAUCUGUUUUAUCAAGGAGCAGGAAAUCUGUAGUUAAGAAGAAUGCGAAAAGUAACCGUGGUUCCACAAAUAUGUUAGAAUGUACAGAAGAAAACUCUAGAGAAAGCAACUUCAGAAAAUUUAUGUUUUCAAGGUUUGCUAAAGUGUUUCUUGUUGGUUGCUUAUAUAUGUUUUUGGAAAAUGGAAAUGUAUAUAAUAAUAAUACAGUCUCAGAAAGACAUUGGGGAAGUGUUAACGCAAGGAAGUUGGCAGAAGCCAACCUUAGGGGUGAACAGGGGGAAAAUGAUGAACACAUGCGCAAAGAUUUUGAACCACAGGAUAUGGCAAAUUUAUCACAACGAAAUUAUGGUACUGGGAACACAGAUGAUUCGGUUGACUCAUUGCAAGGAGGUGGAGAUUCAUCAAAUGCAUGGGAUGAGCACGGGAAUGAAUCCCUAGGUUUUGAUGAACAAAACUGGGGUUCAUAUUAUACGAAUAGUUAUGGAAAUUUCCCUCCAGCGGCUGACAAUGAACCGGACGCCCAUAGCGCAAGUACGUUAGAUAACGGAACGUUCAGAUAUGGUGAUAGCAAUGCUCAAGAGACUACGAUGGGAAGUACGCCAUCUUCCUUGGGUACUACUCCGAAUGAAUACUCCUUUGGUGGUGCACCAUCUGUGGGAUAUAAGGAAGCUGAUGGUGCUGUUGCUGGUACAUUACCUGGAACUUCUAACCUGAAUGAAGGUGUUUUUGGAUCCAAUGGAUCUACAGGAGGUAGUCAAGGUGAACAAGCGGCAGAUGACAAAUAUGCUGUUUUUGACAGAUUAUAUGAGGAUUACCUAGGACGUACAGAAGGAGCCUCUGGAUUAGCAGGCGUAGGUGCAAGUGGAAGUACUGGUUCAACGACAGAUGCAGCAGCAACGGGUGGUACAUGGGACGAUGGAUUAGGAAGUGGAUCAGAGGGCCAUUUGGACGGUGCAGCAGGAACUAGCACCACUGGUAGAUGGGACGGUGCAGCAGGAACUGGUGCCAGUGGUAGAUGGGACGGUGCAGCUGGAACUAGUGCCAGUGGUAGAUGGGACGGUGCAGCUGGAACUAGUGCCACUGGUAGAUGGGACGGUGCAGCAGGAACUAGUGCCAGUGGUAGAUGGGACGGUGCAGCAGGAACUAGUGCCAGUGGAACUAGUGCCAGUGGUAGAUGGGACGGUGCAGCAGGAACUAGUGCCAGUGGUAGAUGGGACGGUGCAGCAGGAACUAGUGCCAGUGGUAGAUGGAACGGUGCAGCAGGAACUGGCACCACUGGUAGAUGGGACGGUGCAGCAGGAACUGGUUCCAGUGGUAGAUGGCAUGAUGGAUUAGGAAGUGAUUCGGGGGUGCGAUUAGGCACAGGAUUUGGUGCUCCUACCAGCGCUAGACGUGAAAACAUCUUCAACAAGCCCUCUGAUCCAUAUAGACAAGUCGAAUCUAGAGCUCCAUCAGAUUCUAUGUGGUCUGGAUUUCAAGAUCAAUAUGAGUCCUUCGCAGAACCUAAAAUGAGUACAUCAUCAGGUAGCACAAGUGAUAUAUACCCAGGAGAUAUAUGGGCUCAAUAUAAGCAGGAACUUGAAAAUUACUCAGAUGCAAAAGAGGAAUUGGAAAAUAUUAAACACGAAAGGUAUUCUUCUGAAAGAUCCAGUAGCAGACAUCAUGAGCACAGGAGAUCGACAUGUGACAGAACUUCAAGUGGUCCUAGAUCUAAAGCAACAUCGGAUAACAGAGUACUUAAGUAUAACGAAAGGAAAGCAACCUCAGGCGACGAAUAUGACAGACGUCGUAAGGAAUCCAAAAUUCUGGAACAAGCCACCUCAAAACACAUCAGAGGGAUGAUUGACAAAUUAGGUAGUACAGUAAAUAUGAGGGACAUGUUCUACAUAUUUAACUCUUUGAUUAACCACGAAAGGAGAAAAUUCGUUAAUAUGGAAGAAGAUACCAUGUUAUUCUGGGAUAAAACAGCAAAAUCUUAUGGUCUGCCAGAUUACUAUAAAAAUAGACAGUGGAUGAAAGCUUUUGACGGUAUGACCAAAGAGUUGUUCUUGACCGAAAAAAAAUUAUUUGAUAGACUGUACCAAUUACUUCAAAAUGGAUUCUGCGCACGCACUCGAUUUAUUCAAUUUCUUAAGGAAACUAAGUAUAUAUGCGGUAGAAUGAGAAAAGAAAUUGAAGAUCAAUGGAAGGAAUAUUUAGUCAGCAAAGUGCGAGGAUUUUGGUAA